AUGUCUACCAUUAAUGUAUUUCCAGUAGGCUGCAGUAUUACUGAGUAUUAUGUAGCACAUGAAUUGAGAGCUGCCUUUACAAAAGAGGCAAAAAAAACAGGAAGUGCCAAACUGCUGAUUACAGCUGCUGUGGCUGCUGGUAAAGACAAAAUCGAUGCUAGUUAUGAAGUAUCCAAAAUUUCUAAAUAUUUGGAUUUUAUCAGUGUGAUGACAUAUGAUUUCCAUGGUCACUGGGAUACCGUCACUGGGCACAACAGUCCUUUAUAUCGUAGCAAUGUUGAUAAGGAUGUUGCUUUGGAUUAUAAUAUUGAUUCUGUUGUUAAAUACUGGAAAGAUAAAGGUGCAGAUGCAAAAAAACUGCUGGUUGGAAUUCCAACAUAUGGACGAAGCUUCAGAUUGAGCUCUGCAAAUUCAAAUGUCGGUGCUCCAGCAUCUGGACCUGGACCAAAGGGUGAAUACACAAAACAGGAUGGCUUCUUGGCAAAUUAUGAGAUCUGUGACUUCUUGAAAGGUGCAGAAAAACACUGGAUUGAUGAACAGAAAGUACCAUAUGCAGUAAAGGAUGGUAUAUGGCUUGGAUAUGAUGAUCAGCGAAGUAUAGAUAUCAAAGUUGAAUGGAUACAGGAGAACAAAUUUGGAGGAGUUUUAGUGUGGACACUUGACUUUGAUGAUUUUUCUGAUCAUUGCAAACAGGGAGCUUAUCCUAUAUUAAAAAUCUUGAAAAAGAACUUUGCAACAAAUUCAGGAAAUAGACCAGCUAACACAACAACUACUGAGGAUACUGUUGAAUCAUUAGAAGCACACUUUGGUUGUUACAGCAUUCCGGACUUUGUGAUUAGAAAGAAUGACUGUCAGUUCACAAGUGAAGAAUUCAGCUGCUUUGAACUGGUGGAACUCCGUGAACUUCUGCCAAGAAGGAGCCAACACCGGCCACCGUCAGAGGAUAUGCAG